UUGGUGUCCAAGCAAAGUCCUUAAUAUAGCGUGCUUUGCCUACCCCCAUGUUGGAAAGAUCCGUUUCCAUGUGCAUCCCUUGAUUAUUUUAUGUAACACUUCGUAUAUACUCCAUUUUACACUAUGCUCAAAUUAUACACUAUUCUCCCAUACCUCCCCCCUUUAAAUCUUUUUCUCUUUCUUGUCCCCCCUUUAAUUUAAUCCACUAAAACCUCUCUCUUUCCCAUGAUUCUGUCCUUAGAUCCGUGAGUAAGGUUCUGUAACAUCACGUACAACCAAAACCCUUUUUUUUUACUUACAUUUUUCUAAUCAUCUUUCACCCUAUUAUAAUCACUACUCAUUAAUUAGUACUAGCUUACAAAGUUUGUUUUUUUUAGCUGGGUUUUUGCUGAAUUGUUUAAAAAUCCAAUUUUUUUUUGAAGUUUAGCUUGUUUGAUUGGUUGUUGUUCUCUUUCUUUGUGUAUGUCCCCUAAACUGGGGGAUUUUUUUGGCAAUUUGGGCUCAAAUUUCAAUGAAUUUUGUUGGGUUUUGCAAUUUGUAGCUUCUUCUAUCCAUAUCUUGUAAUUUGAGAUGUGGGUGUUGUUGAGAAGCUGCCACCAAGUAGUUGUUGCAGCAGCAGAAAUGAGCAGAAAGCUGGGGUUUUAGCAGAGCAUAUCUUUUUUUGAUGAUUGUUGUUCUUAUUGAUUGAUCAUUUGGAAGAAAUUCUGGGUUUAUUCUAGCUAAUUGUUUGGUUCAAUUUAUUUGGGGAAAAAUGGAUUCUGGAGAUGGGUUUUACUCAGUUGAUGAGUUUCAUUUAGAUUCUAAAUGGUUGGUUGAUCCAAAUCAGCUGUUUGUUGGACCUAAAAUUGGUGAAGGAGCUCAUGCUAAAGUUUAUGAGGGAAAGUAUAAGAAUCACAAUGUUGCUAUCAAGAUUGUCCAUAGAGGCGAUACGCCAGAGGAGAUUGUCAAGCGAGAGGGGCGGUUUGCGAGAGAAGUAGCUAUGUUAUCUAGAGUUCAGCACAAAAAUUUGGUGGAGUUUAUCGGUGCCUGCAAAGAACCAGUCAUGGUAAUUGUUACCGAGCUUUUGUUGGGCGGAACAUUGCGUAAAUACCUGUUCAAUAUGCGGCCAAAGUGUUUGGAUAGACGAGUUGCUAUAGGGUUUGCCAUUGAUAUUGCUCGUGCAAUGGAAUGCCUUCAUGCUCAUGGGAUCAUACACCGGGAUUUAAAACCAGAGAAUCUACUAUUGACUGCAGAUCACAAAACAGUAAAACUUGCAGACUUUGGUUUAGCGAGAGAAGAGACUUUAACAGAGAUGAUGACCGCUGAAACGGGAACUUAUCGAUGGAUGGCCCCCGAGUUGUACAGUACUGUUACUCUGAGGCAAGGAGAAAAGAAACAUUACAACCACAAAGUUGAUGCCUAUAGUUUUGCAAUUGUCUUGUGGGAGCUGAUGCACAACAAGCUGCCCUUUGAAGGCAUGUCAAACUUACAGGCAGCAUAUGCUGCUGCUUUCAAGAAUGUGAGGCCUAGUGCAGAUGACCUCCCUGAAGAUGUAGCUCUAAUUCUAACCUCAUGCUGGAAUGAAGAUCCAGAAGCCCGACCCAAUUUCACGCAAAUAAUCCAAAUGCUCCUUCAUUAUCUCUCUACCAUUGCACCUCUCGGACCAGCAAUCCCACCUCGGAUAUUUACCAGAGAGAAUUCAAUUCUACCUCCAGAAUCUCCAGGCACAAGCUCUUUGAUGGCUAAAAAGGAUAGCACAGGUGAAACACCAAGGGAAUCCAUGCAAGACAAGCCUCGAGGGUUUUUCUUUUGCUUUGGUGGCGAAUGUUACUAGCCUAGACUGUUAGAAGAAAACACCUUUCUAAACUACCGAAAAAGGGGGCUGCUCAGAAAGUGCUAUGUAGCAUAGUUUAGCAAUUUAGCAAACAAUCUGUUGUAAUUUGUAACUUAUAAUAGACCCAUUCUGAUGAAAUAGUACAUGUCUAAAAUUGCUUCCUCG